AUGCCGCAGUCGCCUGUGUCGAGCAUGUCAAGCCUUCAUUUCUCCGAAGAAAGCGGUGGAGAGGGAAACUUCAGAAGUUGGCUGCGUCAAACACGGAAAACGCGCAAUCCAACGGUAUUCGCACAAGGUGGAAAAGAUGGCAAUGCAAUCGUGUCGAAGGAUCUUAUUGCGCUCGCGAGGGCCAGGCAGGAAAGGGAAGCUCGCGAAGAAUCGGACUCAAGUUCGAUUUCCACAUCCAACUCCGAAAGUAGCAACCGCGAUGACAGCCGCGGAUCCCAGGUGGUGCCGAGAGGGCCCAUAAGAACGCUGACUCUCUCGCCUUCCCGGCGAACUUUUGAAGUAACUCCUCGCGUGUCGUUCAAGACGGUUGGGUCAGCGGAAGUGUCCAUGCCUCCAAAGAGUCCGCAAAAGCUCACGGCGAAGACCCAAGGUAGAGACGUCCGGCGCAGUCACCUCCGAGCCGAUCUUGUUCACGGCAACGAUGAGCAGGACAACCUGAAGCAAUUUUUUUGGGGGGCGCGAGGUGGCAUUGGCGUCGAUGUUUGUAAACCGGAACCGGAGAGGAGCAACCCCGAUGUAUCAUCUACAGCAGAGACGACGCGACGCAUCGACUCUGCUGCGAACCAUAAGUGUAUGUCAUCGGUAGACGAGACUCGCGACGAGGAGGGCAAAGAAAACGAGGACGUUUCCAUGCUCUCGAGCCAAACGAACGCCUCUUCUAUUGGCGGCAGCAGCCUGGCCAACAGGCCUGCCGAUCCCAUCCCUGUGGACGCCACCUCUGCAACACAAGGGGUAGGGAAUGGUCCCUCCGUUGAAGCUACCUGUGUCCUUACCGAUGAGGACGGAGCAGGAGCUGAGUGUACAGCUUCCUUCGAAGCGUCCGCGGCAAAUCGCUGCUCCACGUCGACGACGAUGACGUCUAUCAACCAGGGCGCGGUUGCGUUCGACAUGCCGCCCGCGCGAGACAAGAAAACCUCACCGUUCGAAGACACCAGCAAGGUUUUUCCAUCCAAAGAGGUAACAACCUCUAUAUCUACGAGCAAGGAGACCGCCUCAAGGAGGUUCCAUCACAAGGCUGAUUUCCUCUUCGAAAGCAAGUCAGAUCAGCCGGAACUAACGUCGCCAACCGGUAGCGGCGAUCAGUUUGUGGUGGAAUCGAAAGGGCAACCAACAGAGAAUGAAGCCGACAUCCCGGGGACCACGGGCGGCUGCUUCACACCUGACAGGACCCAGCUGCAAAGCGUGGCAACGUUAACCUUGGACCCCAGUAGGCCGAUGAGCUUCGUACUGCCCGACUCAAAACUGAAAACUUCGGAUAAGGUUGUGAAUGCUUCAGAGGGGAGAGCACCCUCCUCGACGGAGUCGGUCCUUGGGAAGGUCGUCGGAGAUUCAAACGGGAAAGAACUGAGAAAGGAGGAUGGAACCGACCGCCAGCCAGAAGCGGUAUUAGACGAAAACGACGGGAGUGACGAGGAAGGAGUCGACCAGCGUCACUCGAAGCAAAAGGACUCGAAGCAAAAGGCAGAGCAGGGGAGAGUUGCCCAGGGGAAAGCGACAGCGGAGGGGAAAGGUGAGGGGGCGCCUCGAAACGACGAGCAAACGAUAUUUUUGGACUCAAACACGAAGUAUUUGGAUGGGGUGGCGAAUGCUUCGGAGAGGAGGGAGUCGGUCCUUGGGAAGGUCGUCGGAGUUCCAAACGGGAGGGAACUGAGGAAGGACGGAGGAACCGACCACCAGCCAGAGGUGGUAUCAGGGUUAGACGACGGAAACGAGGAGGAAGGAGCCGACAAGGGUCACUCGAAGCAAAAGGCAGAACAGGAGAGAGUUGCCGGAAGGAUAGAGACGGAGGACGGGAAACGUGAGGAGGGGCCUCAAGGCGACAAGCAACCGAUAUUUCUCGACUCAAAACCCGAGCACUCGGACGAGGUGGUGAGUGCUUCAGAGAGGAGGGCACCCUUCUCGACGGAGACGGUCCUUGAGACGGUCGUCGGAGAUUCAAACGGGAGUGAGCUGAAAAAGGAGGAAGGAGCCGACCACCAGCUAGAGGUGGUAUCAGACGGAAACAACGGGAGUGAAGAGGAAGGAGCCGACCAGCGUCACUCAAAGCAAAAGGCAGAGCAGGAGAGAGUUGCCGGGGGGAUAGAGGCAGCGAAGGGGAAAGGUGCAGAGGGGCCUCGAAGCGACGAGCAAACGCCUAUGGUGUCUUCGAUCCGCUCGGUAAAUGGCGAGCAUAAUCUACGGGAGCAGCCCGCGACAGAUCAGACGUCGUGUUCGCAAAUAGAGCGUGCCUCAGCGAAGGAUGGGUUGUUAUACCAAGCCACACUGCUUGCAUCGUCUGCUGAUGUUGCUCGACAGCAAGAAGUGAACCCAAUCACCACGAAUGAUUCUCAAUCACCACGGGUCGGCGGCAGUGCGACGGCCCCAGACUUGUGCCUCCCGCCCGAGUUUCAGCGGCAAACCGUGACUCCCCCAGUACCGCAUGAUGCCCCUUCGUCGCCUGUGAAGCUACUUGACGCGAACGCGGGGAAGGACAGCAGCGGUACCUGGGGAAACGAAAACGAUUCAAUGGAAGCCUUUGUUGUAGAUGGUAUUGGUCUCAACGAUGAACGUCGUGGGAAAAGCAUAAGAUUAUUGCUACCCGCACAGACUGCGGCGCAACGAAAAACACAUGCACAACCACAACCACCGACAACAAACAGCAACGGUGCUUUCAAAGACCCGUGGCGCGCGAGGAUUCUGGCGGAGGCGACAACAGUCAUUGUAAAUCGUGGGGACAUACGGGGAGCGGCAUCUGUCUCACCUCCAGAGCUGACGGGUCGCGAUGGUGAUGACGCCGCGUGUUGUGAUGACAACUUGAAAAUCAAUGAAAAGGAGACGGCAUCGCCGGAUUUCGGGUCAGCAGUACUGAUGGAGAUAAGAGCUUCCGUGGCCAAAGAUCCAUGGUACACCAGGAUCCUGUCGGAGGCAGCGGCCACCCUCGCUAACGGUCGCGGCAUGCAAAAGCUGGCGGCCCUUGCACCCUCUAACGUGGCGUAUCGUGGUGAUGGUUAUGACGUAGGCUGUGGCCACACAUGGACAACACGGGAACCAGUGCCGGUGGAUUCGCCAACAGAACCAAUUGUGUCGGACAACACAGUCGUCCGAAGCCCCUUUUCCUCGAGAAUUCAGGCAGGAGUUGCAGGCCCGAACAAGUUCUCUUGUGAGGGCAGGUGGGGAUCCGGCGGAAGAGAACGGGCGCAAUUGAUUCAACAGUCAACACCGACCACGAUGAGAGAACCUCGCACCGUCAGAGAUUCGUGGUCGAUGAGAAUUCUGGCGGAGGCAGCCGCGACGUUGGCGGUAUGUGGCGUCGUGCCGAGAUCGGUGUUAUCAUCAACCGUUGAGACCACGCCCAUCGACUCACCGUCCGUUCGAGGAUACAGCAGAUGCGGGUGCGCAGCUCCAGCGCUGAGCAGCGACGGCGGCGAUCGUGGCUCCACUACGGGUGAUCAAAGCCCACGCAUGUCCCUACCUAUCUUGCGGGGAAGGAGAAGUACGCGCUUCGGCGAUAGUGGCUCCACUCCACGUGAUCGAAGUCCACGGGUAUCCUUGCCUAUCUUGCGGGCAAGGGUCGGUAAGCGCUGCGUGGCAGAAAUUAUUUCCCGAUGGGGUUGUGGCAGUGGAUUAGAGCGGUUCCCCGGGCACCCAAUAAUCGUUGACUACGGGAUGCUUGGGUGUGACUUAUCGGACUCACCGCGAAUUUCGAGCCGCCGGUGCACGGCAUGCACCAGCGACAACGUGAGAGAGAGCCCAAAACCCUCCACCACCAUCAACAACAGAAUUUCCUUCCCAAGAAACCCCCGGCAUGGGCACCUUGGAGAAAGCCAAAGCGAAGGACUGCACGUACGGGCGCCAACCCCGCCAGCACGGAGGGCACGCUCGUCCGACAGUGUAAGCGCAUGCACGCCGAGGUCGCGCAUCGCAGAGAAAAUAGGUUUAUCCGCCGUGGCUCGAGGUGGAGAGGACGACGUUAACCUCCGGCUUCACGGUCAUGUCGUAUUUCCGGCAGCCUGUUGGAAGGGUGUCGGUGGCGGUAGAGGAGGUGAUAGUAGCUCCAUCUCAGGCGCUUGCAGGCGACGCAUUCAUUUCCCGAAGGCGCAACACGGGCCCAGUGACACUUCCGGGAGGUAG